AUGACGACUGAGGGAGGCACAAGCUCGACUCCUUCGGAGCCGAGCUAUCAACUGCCCUGGAACGCCAUCCCUAGAUUCAUUCCUGGUACGACAGAUGUCACGGAGUACUCAAAGAAGCUACAGUUCCUGGCGGCCAUGUGGCCGAAGGAGAGCCUUUCGCUGCUCGCACCGCGUGCAGCUUUGCUCUGCGAGGGCACCUCUUUUAAGAAAGUGUCUAAGCUGCCAGCCGACAAGCUGAAGAGCAACGAUGAGAGCGGGGUACAGCUCUUGGUCGCGACUCUUGGUGGGUCCUGGGGGCGCUCCGAGGUAGAGCGCAAGUACGAUGUUUUCGAGAAGGCCAUUUACGGGACCAUCCAGAAGUCCGACGAGUCGAACGACAGCUAUUUGGCGAGGCACGACGUGCACUUCGAGGAGCUCUUGGCGCAGAACGUGUCGCUCGAGGAGAUCAGAGCGUAUGUGCUCUUGAGACAAUCGGCCCUGUCGGCCGAAGACAGGAAGAAGAUUGUCGUGGAGAUGGGCGGCACCCUCAAGUAUGAUAAGGUCAGCUCGGCGGUUCGUUUGCUUGGUUCCAGAUUCUUUUCUGAUUUGCAGGGCCAGCGAGGCGCAUUUCGGAAUAAGACUUACGAUGCGAACAUUGCCGAUGAGGUGGGAGCCGACGAGACUGAUCGGGUGUAUCAUGCAGCAGCUCCUGCAAGCACAGGAGAGGAGUAUGAGCCGGAGCUCGAGCCUGAGUACAUAGAGGCCUUGGUUGCGGCGGAGGACCAGGAUGCUCUCACCAUCGCCAGCUUCGAGGACGAGUUGGAGACCUUCUUCCAGGACACACCGGAGCUUCAGGAGGCUUUGGUGAGCUACCUGGAGGCCAGAUCGAGGCUUUUGUCAAAGCGUAAGGUUCGUGGCUUCUGGCCGGUGAGUGGGCACAAGGGUGCCAAGGCCAGCGGAAAAGGAGCCAAGGGAAAGGGGAAGGGCAAGAGUGGCCGAGAUCAGCUGUUGGCUAGGAUAGCCAAGUCAACAUGUAGGGCAUGCGGGGAGCGAGGACACUGGAAAGCGGAGUGUCCUAAGUACGGUCGCCCUGGGUCAAUGUCAUCUGCCCCCAAGAACGAUGCAACGACGACCUUUGCCGAGGAAUGCCCCACUCAGGCCACCGCGUACAUGUCAGGACCCUUUCCCGAUGGCGCAGGAGCCGAGAUCCUCACACAGCUACCCGAGGAAGCUGUUUCGCUUGCCGAGGUCGCCUUGCAAAGUGCGACCACGGUAGAAGCGAUCCUGGACACAGGUGCAAGCCGUUGUGUCAUGGGACACUUGCUCCUUGAUCAAUUCCUGAGCCAACUGAGUGAUAAGGCAGCCAGCAGUGCAUCCAGUGUCGGGAACCCCUCGCUGGGAGCUCGCUUCUCUCGUCUUACAGACGAGACCGUGACCUGCACUCUGGAACAGGCUCAGGUCAUGCCUCUUUCCGAGCUCGGACAACAGCUCAUCACUUUCGGAAAGCAACAGAAGGGGCGCACGUUCGAGGAAGUGGUGACCAAGGAGGCUUCCUGGGUUCGCUGGUGUUGCGAUCAUCUGCACACCAGCACCAAGCAUGUCCACGUCAUCUUUCUCCUCUACGUGGAACGCUAUGUCCAAGAGGCAGAAGCUCUGGAAGAGGAGUUGAUUCAGGACACAGAGGCAAUCGCUUCCACGGCGGUAGCUGCCAAGAGCAAAGCUGCUCCCCGCACAAAGUCCGCUUCCGGACCCAAGCCCGACGACGAUCGCUGGGACAUGAUUGCCGAUCCCGAGUUCCAUCACCCGGUCGAGGCGCAGGUCACCGACCUGAACCACCGCAUGAACCAGAUGGAAGGGAUGAUGCAUCAGAUGCUGAAUGCCAUUCAGCAGCUCAGCACAGCCCAGCAGCAAUCGUAG